CUCUCACGAUUCGUCUGUAGUGCUUAGUUGUGUAUUACUUAAAACGGAGAUGAGGACUUGAUAAUUCAUAUACAGGAACAGAGUAGACGUGUUUCGUAUCUUACUUGGAAUCCCAAGGACAAAGUGUGAAAGCGGAGCUCCGGUCGCUGUUGUCUCUUGACUACGUUUUUACAUACACUGACAGUUCAUAUUCUUACCCCAUUGCCAAUGGAACGAUUGGAGCGGUAGGAGAUCUGCUUUUUAUUCUUUUUGGCUGUGUUAAUGUUUGACUAGUCUUGUGUCUUCGUUUUGACUACUCUACAGCGCGGAUUUCGUGUGGCAACUGUGAUUUUGAUUACGUGGGCAAGGACAGCACUGGAACGCCAAGUAAAUAGCUCGAUAAACUACACACGACUGGGGGAAUAUCGACAUACUUGGAGGGGUUUACUUGACUUCGACUUUAAAAUGCCGCUGACUUCUUGGUUUCGCGGCGCCGACUACCGGCCACCCGAGAAAUGCGAAAGCAUCGUAGUCGCUGAGUCGUUGCUUCUCGAACUCGAUACACAAAUGAAAGAGAUCGAGCGGAUCAGUAGGGAAAAAGAACAAGAGGACAAAAUGAAAAAUUCGUGUGUCGAUUAUACGUGGCUGAUCAGCGCUCCGUCGAAAAGUUUCGAGAUGCCACAGAUCCAACGAUUAGAAAUAGAGGAGCUGUGCUCUAAAGUCAAACCACAGGAAAGUGGGAAAGUAAUUACAAGAUUCCGGGAAAUUCUGUUGAGGAAGCCUUGUGUGGAGGAAAUCCCUCCUUUAUUUAAAGCAGUCUUACAGCAAGUUUUACAAGAGAGACCUAAGGAAGAAAGCUUAGGGGAGUGGGUUUUAAAAAGAACAGCCAGUUUAACAAAGUUGAAACCUUCUCUCCAUACACGAGUUUAUCCAUUUGGAGGAAGUGGAAGUGAUAACGAGUCGACAGGAACGGAUGAAACUGAGAUGACUGAAACUAGACGGGUGAUGAGCUUACCUGAAUUUACCAACUCUCCCACUCAAAACAGCAGGUACAACAGUCUACCAGCAUUCUGUGCAAACAUGGACGAAUUGCCGGUCUAA